AAUCACGAUUGUUUCCUAAUUGACAGUGCAUUGCUUUAACGUCAAUAAUUAAAUGAUCAAAUGCUCUAAGCUUGACCACAUUCGUCGGUAAAUAUUGGGGCUUCAGCAUAGAGUAUCUGCGAAAUGGAAAACUUAAGGCAAACCAAAGAGUCAUCGGAAUUUAAAAUGGGGACUUCUCUGGAUAAUAACAAACUGGCAUCGUUGGGUGCCACAAACAAGCACCGGCUGCAGAACACAUGGACCCUGUGGGGCGUAAAGUACGACCCUGAAAUAUCAUGGGAGGACAUGCUGAAGGAGAUUGACAGCUUCAAUACCGUCGAGGACUUCUGGAACCUGUAUUUCCGCAUCGAUACGCCAUCCAAGCUCAACCGCGGCUGUGAUUACAUGCUCUUCAAGAAGGGCAUUCGCCCCAUGUGGGAGGAUCCGCCGAACAAGGGCGGAGGUCGUUGGACAUAUAAAGUGGAUAAAAGGUCCACAGCCGAACUGGACAAAACUUGGCUGGACGUGCUUCUUUGCAUGAUUGGCGAGGCCUGCGAUCACUGCGAUCAGAUUUGUGGGGCUUUUGUCAGGAUUCGCAAAAAUAUCAACAAAAUCUCCGUAUGGACAAAGGCAGACGCGGGCGAUGAGUGUAACGAACAGUGCUAAAAUCCCAAAGAGACGAAUAAACUAACUAUUGCACAUCCCUC